AUAUGACAUGCAACAUCAUAACAUGACAUAUUCCAUGGUGAUGAGAUGAUACAUCUACAGGCAUAUGAUUAAGGCUGUUAUAGAAAGGCAAACUUACAUGUUACCAAGAGCUGCACCAAUCAUUGCAUGCUAUGCAUAACACCACCUAUUUUAUCUGUUUCUCAAAUGGAUGUGUCAAGGGUGCUUAUGUCAGCCCCCUGAAACUCUUACCUGUUGCUUAGUUGCAUACAUCAUACGCCUUCUCCUAUAAAUACCAGCCCAAGAACCUCUGCAGAACAAACUCCAGAGUACUGAUCCUGAAAAUAGUCAGCCAUGAUUCCAUCAGAAAUCCAAGGAAUGAACUUCUUUGCUCCUGAAAACCUCCCAGCCUUUCCUGCCAACUUUGGCUUGACGGAGAGCAGCUUUCCAGCAUUGCAUUUCAGCAGAUUCUCGACCAACUUGCCAAAUUAUCAGACUUCUCUUCCCGGGAUCCAUGAAUUCUCUCCGAUUUCUAUGUGUAUCAGCAGCAACUCAACUUCGGAUGAAGCAGAGGACCAUCAACUUAGCAUCAUAGAUGAGAGAAAACAAAGGAGAAUGAUAUCAAACAGGGAAUCUGCCCGAAGGUCGAGGAUGCGUAAACAGAGACACCUUGAUGAGCUUUGGUCCCAGGUUCUUCGUCUUAGAACUGAGAAUCACAAUCUCAUAGACAAGUUAAACCAUGUGUCAGAGAGCCAUGACAGAGUUGUUCAGGAGAACACAAGGCUCAAGGAAGAAGCUUCCGAUCUUCGCCAGAUGCUGACAGAUCUUCAGAUUAGCAAUUCCUAUGGCUUUUUAAGAGAUCUUGAAGACAUUCCAUGCAACACUGCUCAUCUCAAGGCUGAAUCUUCAGACCAGUCCGUCACUACUUCCACAAACAUGCUUCACUGAGCAUGAGCUCUUUUACUAACUCAGAGGGAGAGAGAAAGGAUCUUAGAUUGUGUUCAUUUACUUUCUUUUGUAUCAGUACUGUAUAACGUGAUGGUAAUCAAUGUCUCCUAUACUUAAGCAGCAUAAGAUCAAAACCAGCCAUGCUAUAUCUUGAAACUAUGAAUAUGCUAGAAAAAGCUUGGUUUACAUCAUUGCCAAGACUGCAGUUAAUCUUCGCCGCAUAAUUAUCCAACCGAUUAUGGUGAAAUUAAGUGAGAGAAAUAUUCCUUCACAGCAUAAUAUCCAAAUCAAUGAAUUCAUCAUUACUUUCCUCCAACAAUCAUUCAGAUUACCCCACCAGGACCAAUCGCCAUUACCCAGGCAAGUAGAUCAAUAAAGAAUAUUAAUAGAAUUUUUAUAGAACAAUUGGAUAAUGCUCCAUAAAACAAACUAUAGAAGGCAACAAAGGAUUUAAUCAGAAGCGGGACAAGAUAGGAAGAAAUAUACAAUCAGUACGGCUCAAUAAAUCAGACUCCAAUAACCAGAAGAAGGUCCCAUGGCUAGUGUUCUGUUCCAUACAGCAGUAUAGUAGCGGGACAAAUCGUGGUGGAGAUGCUGGUGAUAGUGGCUCAUAAUUGAAGAGCUACCAUAAGGAGCAAAAACA